UACUACUAUUGAGAUCAUGAAGAAGAUUACUUCUCACAAUGGUGUGUUGAUUCAUCCUUCUGGAGUUGAGAGACCUCUUCAUGAAUGCAUAGAUGCCUUUUCUGCAUGUUAUGGUGACAAAAAAGGCAGGCAAUUUCGAGUAUGGCUGGAUAGAGUUUCUUCUACUCAGAUUCAUCCAGAUGCUUGGCUUGUGAAAUUUGACAAGUGGGAAAAGUCAGAUGAAGGGCGGCGAUGCUGCCUAACUACCGUAGUGCUGAAAACCAAGGCAGACACGCCUGAAGCACUCAUGCUGGUGCAUGUCCAUCAGACUUGGAUGGAUGGCUUCGCUGCAAAAAAAAACUGGUUCUUCUAAUAAAGCUUUGCAGUCUUGUUUGUAAGUUUUCUCAUUAAUCUGC